CCAAACAGCAUGCAUAUGUGCUUGAAUGUUAACUGUCAUGUCUGGACAUGCAUGCUGUCUUAUUGUGACAUAGCACUGUUAAGAUAAAAGAGAUAUUAUAUGCAGGAGCCAGAAUUUAGAUAGAUGUCUGCAUAACAAUAGCUUGGGUUCGCAUGUAGUUUAACCAAAGCGACAUUUACAUAAACAUAAAUAUAUCUGGAGUCUCCUGAAUCCAAACAAUGUAAGAUGUUGCAAUACAGCUGCAGGGGAACAGUUGCUUCAGAGCUGAUUUGUUCCAGAUAGUUUACCACUAAGAACUCAUACAUGCAACAGCAAUGACUUGGUUUAAAUUGGAAAAUUAUUUUUUUGUGAAAUGAAAUUAUACAUUUAAAAGUGUUCCUUCUGUGCUAAACUUUGCUGUCAAAAUCUUGAAACCAAACACAGACUGACCGCCACACAGCUUGAGCUCAUUUAAAAGGAACCAAACUGUCAAAUGCUGAAAAUUUAUUCCAGACGACUCUUGUUUGACCUGCAGUAAAAAAGAAAAACUCCCCUCUUCUCUUAAAAGAGCGGAGGAGGCACUUAUAAAAAAAUAAUCAAGUGUCUGCAGAGCAGUCUUGCAACACACUCUACUGCUGGAAAGGGAACAGGCAGAUAUGUCUCUGAGCACUGUUGUUGUGGCCAUCCUGGUUUUCCUGACCAUACAUGAAGGUAGUGUUGUGGGAAAUCAAGUGGUGAAUCUGCGCUGUCGUUGCAUUACCAAGGAAAGAAAGCCCAUUGGCCGUCGCAUAGUGGCAUUGGAGGUGCAUCCUGUGAGCUCCCACUGUGCAGAAAUUCAAAUCAUAGCAACUCUUAAGAUGGAAAAGCGAAAGGUUUGCCUGGAUCCAAAAGCUCCAUGGGUCCAAAAGUUGCUAAAGAACAGGCGUGCAAGGCAGAAAGUCCAAGAACAAACCCCCAAAGCAUAGAUUUUCAUCAUGGAAGCUUUGAAUGUAAACAGGUACAAAGUUUGCUGUCUGCAAGAACUGACAGGCCGGAGAAUGGAUACCGGGAAAAGAAAAUCUUUUCCAAGAAAGUAUUACAUGUCAUUAACAGCGUCUUGUAACUUUAGAAAGCUAUUCUGUAAAUAAUUAACAUAAUUCUAAUGUGAGUCAUGUAUAAAGAAUUCAUUUCAAAAAUCAAACUUGUUCAUGUGUAAAGUCCUUUUCCUCUUCAUAUUUUUUUCUUCUGAACUUAGUUUCUAUUUUUGAUACGUUGUGUAAAUGUUGAAUUUUUCCCAUCACAUGUAUCGAAAGAAUAAUUGUGAAUAAACAGAUUUUUUUACCCUAA